CAGAGCACAGAGCCUAUAUACCCUUCAACCGUGACUCCGGCGACUUUCCGUCGCCUGCAUUUUGCCCGACUGAAGGUUCACGAGAAAAAAUGAGCAUGACAAGCUUAAAAAGUAUGUUGGCUCAAGCAGCUGUUAGAGGAGUUACAGAGGCAAGAGCAGCGAUAUUUGGUCAUGUACUUAACCCAACUGGUCAAAGAUCCGCCCACAAGAUUUUACGCAAGAAGUUCAUUGGUGAAAAAGUUGCGUCAUGGUAUCCAAAUGACAUCCAAAAGGAGGACCCUCUUGUUGUGGCACGCAAAGAACAAGAUCGUUUAUCAAAACUUGAAAUGUUGAAGCGUCGAGGAAAAGGAGCCCCUAAGAAAGGACACGGAAAGCGUGCUGCUAAGCGCAAUAAAUAGAAAUCAAUAUCCAAUAUUGAACGUUUCUUUUGAGGUAUAAAACGAAGCGGUUGCUACUAUUUGCCUGAUUUUAAUCGUUGUUUGAAACAAAUGUUCAAAAAAUAUUAAAAUUUGUGUAACUGGUGUAGUCCCCCUUUAACUGUAUCUUUUUACUCAUCUCUACCAUGAAAAAAAAUAUGAAAGACGUCUAGGGAUUGUUGUAACGUUGAUUAACGUCACACAGUAACAGAGAUCAAGGACGACGUUGUAUA